GACAGGAAGGCCAAGGGCGAUUUCAAGAGCCCGCAGGAGCUGGAGGUGUGGCUGUCUCAGUUCGACAUCGACCUGGGCGCCUGGGGCCAGGACGGCUUCAAGACGGCCGUCGACCUCUAUAGAGAGGUGGAGAGCGAGGAGACCGAGCUGGAGCACUGGGCCCGUACAGACGGUGUGCCACUCCUCAUGCGGGUCGUCCACGUGCUCCAGCUCAAG